GUUUCUAUUUGGAAAGCUGCACAGUCGCAGCAUAAUCAGAGUGGAACGGCACUGGAGCGCUAACAACUUGAUCUUGCACUAUAGCUCAGUCAGGAGCGCGGUCACAGCUGCAAUACAGUUUAGAACACAAGCAAGCGGUUUGCGCACGACGGAAAUCGUUUUGGAUAACACACUCGACUUUCUUUUACCUGAAGAAUACCUAUUUGAACUGGAUGUUCAUGGAAUAGAUGCACUAUUUUUUAGCCAUGCACUUAAGUUUUUUUCCUUUUUGGAAAUCAGAAAUCUGGAAUUCUGACACCUGUCAGCAAGGCGAUCUACAAAAUCAAUAGGCAACAUUUAUCAAUAGUAACAUUUCUUUAAGAUAAUGGUAUUAUUUUAGGAGGAUAAAUGUUAUCUUUCCCCGAUUACUAAUUACUUGUAAUGCUCCUUGAUGGUAAAACAUCCCAUUUAAGCAACAGUGAGCUAAAUCCCACCUAUCAACGUGUUGGGGUUCGCAAUCUUCAUUAUUACUACUAUAUAGAUGGGAGAGCCUACUAUAGAUUAGACAAACCUGACUUUUUUUUCCAAGAUACUUUCCUGACCCUCUCCGAAUCAACUCGCUCGAAAACCUCAGUAAGACCUUGUUUGGGACAGUACUCUACGCAAAAGGGGUCCUGAAAGAAGCUAGUGCUCUCUCGCCGGAGCGCUGUCCCGCGCGCUGAAGUGCUGAGGAGAGACCCCGUCCAGCACGCGCCCAUAAAUGCCCAGCCGAUCGCGGGGUCUCGAGGAUGGGCGGCAAGAAGAGCUCGUGCAUUCUGCUGCUCGCGGCGUUUGCGGCAUUCCUGAGGCUUGGUAGCGCGGAGGGGGACCCACUCCCUCCGUCCCUGGUGGUUAUGGUAAGGGACAGCCCCAUCUCAUCGAUAGAAGACUUGAAGAAGCUGCUGGACACUGACUCCGUAGAAGAAGAAUCAGACAACCAGACAACCAAUGAAAUCCACUCCAGCGAUGCUCAUCACCGAGUUCCCAGAAGCCUCAUGGCGAGCGCUGAGCCGGCGCUGCAGGCUGCGUGUAAGGUGCGCACGGAGGUGUUGGAGGUGACGCGCUCCAUGCAUGACCGCACCAACGCCCACUUCAUGCUGUGGCCACUCUGCGUGGAGGUGCAGCGCUGCUCUGGCUGCUGCAACAGCCGCACCUCGCAGUGCGUGCCCGUCGUCACGGAGACCAGGCAGCUGCAGAUGACCAAGAUCACCUAUGUGAACAUGCGGGCACACUUUGAGAAGGUCAUCAUACCCGUGGAGGACCACGUGAGGUGCAGCUGCCAGCCUCUGACCUCGCCCCACGCCGGCCGUACCUCGACGGCGCGGAAGCCCCAGGCCACCCCGCCGCCCCCUCCUGCCCCGCGCGUGGCCCACAAGCCCCCGCAGCCGCACGGCCACACCAAGGAGGACCUGCACCGGCACGACCAGCUCAAGCAAACACAGCGGCUGCACCUGGACGAGCGCCUGGGCCAGGAGCGCCUCUGGCAGAACAAGUACAGCCCAUCGCACACGGCCGGGGAACCCCCGCACCACACGCCCGCACGCCGCAUGGACUACCAGGCCCCGCCGCACCACCACACCACCACCACCCCCCGCCAGCACCCGGGGGGGGGGGGCCGCAGAUCGGGAGGGGGAGCUGGGGGCCGGACAGAUGCCGCCUGGAGCUCAGCCGUCCCUCGGCGACGGCGGACCAGCGGAGGACGGGAGGACGCCGACGCUCCAGCACGGCAGCGGAGACGACAGCAGCAGACGGGCGCUGGGUGGGGCGCAGCAUCAGUACCACCAGCAGCAUCCGCAGCAGCAUCAGCAUCAGCACCAGCAGCAGCAGCAGCAUCAGUACCAGCAGCAGCAGCAGCAGCAUCCGCAGCACGGCGACAGGCUCAUGGUGGGAGAGCAGCCGAGGCAUCUGCCCACACAGUCCGGCGCGCACAUGCUGCGGGACGCCACCACGCCUCACCAGCCACAACACGGACCGCCCUACCACCACGGCCAACCAGACGCUCCCGUUUACCACCACAGCCAAUCAGACAUGGCCGGUCAGCCGCAUGUCCAACCAGAAGGGAGUAGCCAUCAUAGUGCGUCGGAGGGGAGCAGUCCAUUCGAUCCGAACCAGUCAGAGCUGACCAACGGCCAGAGAGCAGCGGAGGACACCGAGGAGGAGAGGAAGAGGUUACACGCAGAGGAGUUAGAGAGGGAGACGGACAGGCAACA